CACUUUCCAAACGCUCCGACCAGAGAUCUGUGGACUAUUGACCCAGAGAGAACAGUCAUGGCAUUGUAGCUUAUCUAUUGCGAGGCUGAGUUAAAAGAUCACUGAAACUGGAUGAUCAGUUUGAAGAAAAUAUAGCAGUACAGAUGGGUGCUUAGGGGACUGUCACUAAGAUGUGCUCAUUUGAUGGCUGAUUUGCUAUACCAGCCAUUUGGUCCUUCAAAAAUCAUGAGGAGGAAAAGUAUUACAGCUUAUUCGCCAACUACUGGAACUUAUCAAUUGAGCCCAUUUUCUUCUCCCACAACUCCCAAAGAACAAGAGCACAGAAACAGACCAUCAAAUGGAACAAGAAAACCAAGUAACUUGAGCUCACCUGCAAGACAGGAGUCUACAGUGAAAGGCAGUGAUGGAUUCAUGAUGUUGCUAUCUAAAAUUGAGAGAUCAUCAGAGAAAACCAUGGAGAUAAUGAAAAAUUUAAGGAGUAUACAGGCUUUGGAGGGCAACAGACAACUUGAAGAUCUCAUUGGUGUUUCCCUAGUACCAUGUUCCUUAAAAAGAGAAGCAAGGAAGACCAAAGAACUAAUGACAAAAGUAAUAAAACAAAAGCUGUUUGAAAAGAAAAAUUCAAGAAUUCCUCCCAAAGUGUUAUCUUCAAGUCUGACAACUGUGUCAACCUGCCUGGAUACUAGUCAAGCCAUAAGAAUGCAGAGCAGACUGAAGUAAAGAGUCAGUGAAAGACUGUCAAGUUUGCAACCCAUCUCAUAAGACAGGUAGAAGAUAUGUUGAUUAUUCUAAAUAGGAAAAAAUAAAGGUGUCCAUUGUGCACUGCC